AAGUCGCCUUUGCGAUUUCUGGAGAGCGCCCAGCGGGGCCACGGCGUUCCUGCCGGGUCGGUGGUCCAGGGCCGGAGACAGAGAAACGGCUUCCUGGUGCCCCCCCGCCCCUCCCCCUAGGCAGCCCGCACCUCCAGGGCCUGAAGAUGCUGAGAUCGACGUGGAAUUUUCUCAAACGUCACAAAAAGAAAUGUAUCUUCCUAGGCACGGUCCUCGGAGGAAUAUAUAUCCUGGGGAAAUAUGGACAGAAGAAAAUCAGAGAAAUACAAGAAAAGGAGGCUGCAGAAUAUAUUGCUCAAGCACGACGACAGUAUCACUUUGAAAGUAACCAGAGGACUUGCAAUAUGACAGUGCUGUCCAUGCUUCCAACACUGAGAGAGGCCUUAAUGCAGCAACUCAAUUCUGAGAGCCUCACAGCUCUGCUAAAAAACAGGCCUUCAAACAAGUUAGAAAUAUGGGAAGAUCUGAAGAUAAUAAGUUUUACAAGAAGUAUUGUAGCUGUAUAUAGUACAUGUAUGCUGGUGGUUCUUUUGCGAGUCCAAUUAAACAUUAUUGGUGGAUAUAUUUACCUGGAUAAUGCAGCAGUUGGCAAAAAUGGCACUACAGUCCUUGCUCCCCCAGAUGUCCAACAGCAAUAUUUAUCAAGUAUUCAACACCUCCUUGGAGAUGGCCUGACAGAGCUGAUCACUGUCAUUAAACAAGCUGUGCAUAAGACUUUAGGAAGUGUUUCUCUUAAACAUUCUUUGUCCCUUUUGGACUUGGAGCAAAAUCUGAAAGAAAUCAGAAAUCUCGUUGAGGAGCAUAAUUCUUCCUCUUGGACUAAUAACAAUGGAUAUAAAUCUUUAUUAUGCCAUUAUAUGAUGCCAGAUGAAGAAACUCCAUUAGCGGUUCAGGCCUGUGGGCUUUCUCCUAGAGAUGUUACCACUAUUAAAUUACUCAAUGAAACUAGAGACAUGUUGGAAAGUCCAGAUUUUAGUACAGUUUUGAAUACCUGUUUAAACCGAGGUUUUAGUAGACUGCUAGACAAUAUGGCUGAGUUCUUUCGACCUACGGAACAGGACCUGCAGCAUGGGAACUCCAUGAAUAGUCUUUCCAGUGUCAGCCUGCCUUUAGCUAAGAUAAUUCCAAUAGUAAAUGGACAGAUCCAUUCAGUUUGCAGUGAAACACCUAGUCAUUUUGUUCAGGAUCUGUUGAUGAUGGAGCAAGUGAAAGACUUUGCAGCUAAUGUCUACGAAGCUUUUAGUACCUCUCAACAACUGGAGAAAUGACUUUUUCCUUUCAAAAAACCUACAGUGGAAUUAAUUUACUUUUAAAUGUACACUGAAUAAGUCAACUAUAUAAAUAUAGGGUAAUGAUUUGUUACGAAAAUGCCUAAUAAAAAAUAUUCUGAAAGUCUUCAUUCAUAAUAAAAGAUUUAUUCGUCAUCUUUAUUUUUUAAAGUCAUCAACAGACUAACUAGUUUUUGUGGGCAUAUCUGAAUGUACACAGCACACAGAUCAGAACUUGUUAUACCAUGGAUAUUAGUUCCAAAUGGACUGAAAACUAAAUGUAGAUACUUGUUUUGUAUAAUAUGAAACUCAGUAUACUUUGACAUUGAUACUGAGGUAAAAUCUCUUUGGGAAGUAGGUGUGAAGUUUGGAAAAUAUGCUAUUUAACGAAUCAAAGUUCACUGAACUGCAGCAUACAGUAGUAAAUCAGACUUUUCUGCAGUUACUCCUCAAAGGAAUAAAUUAUGUGUCUUAAAUAUAUUUGAUGGAGGACUUUGCUUUUUAUAGAAAUCAGUGAAUUUAACAACCAUGACCAGCAUUCCUUUUUCUUCACUGUUGUUAACAAUCCUUAGAAAAUCACAUAGUGAUUUAGAGGCUAAAUUGUGUUGAUGUCGUUUACUCACAUAUUAUUUUAACUACAUACUGUCAUUCAUUUGUAUGUAAAUAACUUUAAUAACUUACUUUGUAUUGAUUUUAAGCACAGUGGAUAUUGCAAUAAAAUAUUUUAGUAAAAUAUGGUUUUGUUAAUACUUUAUAGCCAUUAAUUUAUUUGUUCCAUAGCAAACUAUAUUUUGUUUAUCCAUUCAUCUGUUGAUGGACAUUUGGGUUGCUUCCGCCUCUUGGCUAUUAUGAAUGAUGCUCCUAUAAGCAUGAAUGUGCAAAUAUCUCUUGAAGACCCUACUCUCAAUUAUUUUGGAUAUUUACCCAGAAGUGGGAUUUCUGGAUCAUGUAGUUCUGUUAUUAAGUUUUAGAGGACCUUCCAUACUGAUUUUCAUAGUGGUUACACCAUUUUACAAUCCAACAGUGCACAUGGGUUCUAGUUUCUUUACAUCCUUGCUAAUACUAGUUGUUUUGUUUUGUUUUUUGACAGUAGCCAUUCUAAUGGGUGUGAGGUGACAUCUUGUGAUUCUGAUUUGCAUUUCAGUGAUUUGUGAACUUCAUAUUCUUGUUGGCCAUAUGUAAAUCAUCUUGGGCAUAAUAUCUAUACAAGUCCUUGCCCAUUUAAAAAUAAAAUUGUAUUGAGCCCAGCCAGUGUGGCUCAGUGGUUAAGCGUCGAUCAAUGAACCAGGAGGUCACAGUUACAUUCUUCGUCAGGGCACAUGCCCAGACUUCAGGCUCAAUCUCUAGUACGGGGCAUGCAGGAGACAAUUGAUCAAUGAUUCUCUCCAAUCAUUGAUGUUUCUAUCUCUCCCUCACCUUUCCUCUCUGAAAUCAAUAAAAUUAUAUGAAAACAAAAAAAAACAAACCUCCCUACAAACUAAAGCCCUGGACCAGGUGGCUUCACAGGUGAAUUUUACCAAAACCAGAUGAUGACUACAAAGAAAGAAAAUUAUAGGCGAACAUCCCUGAUGAACAUAGAUGCUGAAGUCAUCAACAAAAUAUUAGCAAACUGGAUCCAGCAAUACGUUGAAAAUAUCAUACACCAUGAUCAAUUGGGAUUUAUUCCAGGGAUGCAGGGUUGGUACAAUAUCCUUAGCAUUUUUGCUGUUAUGUUGGGGAGACACUAGUUUUCAAAUUUCACUUUAAUUGGUAAUAUAAUUGAUGUCUUUUAAUUUGUUUAGAAAAAAAGUAGCAUUUCCUUCUGAAAAUAAAUAAUUCAUUUUCUUUAGUAAAUCUAUAGUGCUAUAUUUAUGUAGGAAAUUAGGACAGAAAUAAAUCAUGUAUCAUUAGUAUAUUAGAUAUACCAGUACUAGUAUUUUCAAUAAUAUAAGAAUAUUUUCAGUAACAUUUUAUGUUCCUCCAACAUAAAUGUAGCUCAAUAGUGGAAGGCAGAAAAUGAAUUAUGAAGUCUUCUAAGUCCAGGCUAGGCCUGACGCCACAGCUAGAGAGUCUAUGUCUAAAAUGUUAAAAAAAAAAAAAAAGAUUUAAAUGUGGGAGGAGGGCAAAUGCUUCUUUUCAAAA